AAUCGCUUAUCAGGUUAUUGUGCGUGUGCGUGCGCGCGCUUGUGUGCCUAUCUGCGUAUGUUUAUUUAUUUGCUUUUCGCUCCGUUACGACAUGGCCAAAAUGUCAAAAUUGACCGUCGUUUUUGUUACUGUCGCCGUUUCGUUGUCAACGCUUUCGAUGCCACUGUAAUCGUCACCGUUUGUUACCCCAAUACGAUCAUCGUUAAUUCCGUCCUCACGCCAUCGCCGUACUCGUCGUCUACUGUUCGCCGUCCGAUGUUAGCUUCUGUAGACGGCCACCGUCGUGUUUGUUGCGUAGUCGCGGCCCAUGGACAAGCCUGCAAAUGUCACGGCGGCACUCCUGGACGCCACCGCGACAACCACCACAGCCGUCGUCCCAGCAGCCACCUCGUCCGCCGCCGCCGCGGGUGCUUCCAUUGGCAGGGGCUGCGGCGUGCCAGGAUGUCGGAAGAACAAUCAAAAAUGGUGUUGCGGCACUGAACAGUGUCCAAUGUGCCUCAAGUUCCGCAAGUCGUUUCACUGCAAAGCGUGCGUUAACAGCGGUAACUUUGGCCAUUCAUCGGCCGCCUUCGAUAAGGGCAAAUUUUACAAAAAACAAGGAAAAUAUCAAAGUAUUGUCUAUAGUUCUAAUUUAUUCAAAAAUGAUUGUGCUAAAAUGUUUUCAAAAAAACAAUGUACUACUUUGAAGAAAAUAGAAACUUCAAUAUUACAAGAAAAAAUAAGUUUACUAAAACUUGCAUUAUCGGACAAAAACAAAAAUCUGACAGAUAAAAAGAAUCAAUUAAAAAAAUUAAAAUUAGAUAUAGAUAAUCAAAAGUCAAGAGUUGAUCGAUAUGGAAGACGUGUGGUUAGAUUAGAAGAAUUUACUAAAGUUCAAAUAAUUGUAUUAAAUAAUAAAAUAAGCGAAUUAUUUGCUAUGAGACCUAAUUUAAAAAAUAUUAUUCAAACACGCAUUGGUCAACUAGUCACACACAUUUUCCCUUUAAAUGAAGUACAUCCAACUAUUGUGCAGAAUGAAGAACUUGAUGUUAAUAAUAGCUUAAGUCAUGCAUUAGCUGAAGCUUCUAAAUUAACUUAUGUAUGUGGCCAAUGGGUAGAUACUUGUGAAGAAUGGUCAAGACAAAUGGAGCUGGGUUACCGGAUUGUAGCACCUACUUUACCAGCAAAUGGAGAUUACUCUGCAUAUAAUGAAUGGGUUUCAGAUAAGAAUAGGGAUUAUGCAUUUCAUCAAACAUUUGCAGAACCAAAUCCUGCAUGCACAAUUAGUGCUGCUCUAACGUAUACCUCACAGUUAGUGAAACAAAUUUCUUUUUUCCUAGACGUUUUUUUACCCAGGCGUCCACACUUUAGUGAAUUUUGUGGCAAUGAACUAAAUGAAACCAAAUUUUCAAAAUAUGUUACCCACUUAAAUGCUAAUGUUCUUUAUUUGUGUUUUUCUCAAAAUGUUGACCCCAAAUUAUUACAUCCAGAUCAUACAUUAAAAAAUUUACUGCAGCUUUUAGAUACAUCUGUUAGUGAUCUAGGAAGGGUUGAACCCCCAGACAUUGAUAGUAAAUUAUGCAAUGCAUAUGAAGAAAAAAUAACUUAUCAAUUAUUUUCAUCUAAUGGCGACUCAGAUUCUGAAGAUGACAAUUAUUAUGAAUGGGAAGCAUUACCAAACGUUGAAUACCCUGCUGACCACAAUCAAUUAUCAAUACAGUCAACUAGUAGUGUUGUCAGAGCAGGACUUGUGGCUAGUACAGCUGCUAGUUUAGCAUCUAUGUGGCGUGGAUGGACCAAAUAAUAACAUUAUCAUAAAUUAUAUACAAUUCAAUGGAAAAAUAGAUUCACGUUUUGAUUAUUAAUUAAAAAAAUUUAUAGAUCCCACAAUCUGCACUUACCUAAAAUUUUUAUUGCGAAAACCACAA